AUGAAAUUGGAAAAUACGGCAGUAGAAGAAUCUUUGAAGAGUUUAAACCUUUUCCAUGGAGGGGUUGCUGAUAAACAAUCUGGAAAAUACAGUGGAGGGAUGAAGAGGAGGCUUAGUGUUGCAAUUUCAUUGAUUGGGGACCCCAAAGUUGUUUAUAUGGAUGAGCCGGGUACUGGAUUAGACCCUGCUACAAGAAAAUGCCUAUGGAAUGUUAUCAGGCUUGCAAAACGGGAUCGUGCGAUCAUUCUGACCACACAUUCUAUGGAAGAGGCAGAGGCACUAUGUGAUCGAUUAGGAAUAUUUGUAAAUGCUAGCUUGCAGUGCAUUGGAAAUCCAAAAGAGCUGAAAGCGAGAUAUGGAGGAAUCUAUGUGUUCACAAUGACAACAUCUUCCGAUCACGAGAAGGAUGUGGAGAACAUUGUACAACAGCUCACCCCAAAUGCCAACAAGAUAUAUCAUCUCUCUGGUACACAAAAAUUCGAGCUGCCAAAAGAGGAUGUUAAAAUAGCGAAUGUAUUCCGAGCUGUUGAAGUUGCGAAAAGAAACUUCACUGUUGUUGCAUGGGGUUUAGCUGACACCACAUUAGAAGAUGUCUUUAUUAAGGUUGCACGUGAGGCUCAUGCAUUUGAUACCUUGUCGUAA